AGAAGAGCGUAUAUGGCGCCGUUGUUUACAGGCUGUUAGAGGAAAUAAAUUCGCUGUGACUCAACAAACUAAAAUCAUUUGGAGCUCUGCGUGUUGUCAGCGUCCAUCGGCCUUAUUAACAAGCAUUAAUAUCCAUGUAAAGUGUAUUCUUUUGUGACGUGAGUGUGACUGAAAGCGGUCCGAGUGACUGAAGAGAUUUUUUUUUGCACUGUCACUGACAGACAGGACUUCAAAUCACAGAGCAUUGUUCACCGGGCCUGCAGAGGGGAAUCUGAAUCCAGCCGAAUGAACAGAGCGACUGCAAAGCUUCUAAUUGAGCGCUACUUUCGGCAGUUAACUGAAGGCUGUGGAAAUGGCAACUGCACGAAUGAGUUUUGCGCAUCAUGUUGUGAUUUUCAACCUUUGGAUAACAAUUCAGCAGCUGCCAAAGCGCUCGAGCUGUUUAAGAUUAAUGCCAAACUCUGUGAUUAUCACCCCUCCAUCACGGCCAGCGCUGACGGAAGCACUCAGGAGGACAGUAAGAUGAGCGAUAAAGACCCCGGUUUCACCAAGGAGGACUUCUCAGAGGUUCAUCACCUCACGGAGAACACAGUCUGUACGAUCUUGAGUUUCUGUGAAGAAGAAGGGGAUUAUUCUGCUCUUGUCCGAGUCAUCGGUAGGGUUUUCUCCAACGCGGAAGCCCUGAUGAAGAGUUUCAGGAAAGAUGAAUCCAAUUCUACCGACAACCUUGAGUCUUGUAAACCGGCAGAUAUGAAGAAAGAUGAGAAACAGAGUGAGAGAAGCUCAGAGAAGACAGGUGCUUCUUCUGCAGCCUCUUUGCCAGGUGAGGCUUUGAAUGAAGUGUUUGAUGCCUGUGAGGUUACAGUGGACAUCGGCGCUGUGAGGAGAGUCUACGACAGACUUCUGUCUAUCGACCAGCUGCAGGGGGCACUCGUGAAUGCUCUCAUUUACCUCACUCCAAAUGUUGAACUUGACCUGGAAUAUCUUGAUGUGUACGAAACAAACCCAGAUUACCUGAACAUCUUCAUUAUCGUCAUGGAGAACAGUAACCUUCACAGCCCAGAGUACCUCGAAGUGGCGUUACCACAGUUCUGCAAAGCAAUGAGCAAACUUCCAGUGACCGCGCUUGCCAGGCUGACGAAGCUCUGGUCAAAGUACGAUCUCCCGCACAUCCGCCGUAUGAUGGAGACCUUCCAGCAGCUCAUUACGUUUACAGUUGUUAGCAACGAAUACGACGGCGAAAAUCUGGUAAACGACGACGAGACUGUGGUGGCUGCGACGCAGUGUUUACAGGUCGUCUUCUUUGCAAGCAUUCUGGGAGGUGACGUGGACAUAGAGCACAACGAGGAGGACGAGGAAGACUCUGACUCAGACGAGCUGACGCUGCACGAGCUGCUUGGCGAGGAGCGGCUCUAUAAGAAAGGCCCCCGCAUAAAUCCCCUGGAGAAAGAACUGGGCGUCCGACCGAUGGACAGCAUAAAGCCUCUCAUCCCCUUCGAGGAUUUUAUUAACGAAUCGCUUAACGAUGUCAUCGAGAUGGACAAGGACUUCACUUUCUUCAAGGUCAAUGCAGAAACAAAGUUUUCUUUCCAGACCUGCCCUUUCAUCCUCAGUGUCAUCACCAAAAACCAAGGGCUGUACUACGACAACAGGAUCCGAAUGUACAGCGAGCGACGCCUCACGGCUCUUUUCAGCAUGGUCCAGGGGCAGCAGCCCAACCCCUACCUCAAGCUCAAAGUGCGCAGAGACCACAUCAUUGACGACGCUCUCGUCAGACUGGAGAUGAUCUCCAUGGAGAACCCGUCCGACCUGAAGAAACAGCUCUAUGUUGAGUUUGAGGGUGAGCAAGGUGUAGAUGAAGGAGGCGUUUCAAAGGAGUUCUUUCAGCUGGUUCUUGAAGAAAUCUUCAAUCCUGACAUAGGAAUGUUCACCUACGACAACGACACCAAACUUUUCUGGUUUAAUUCAUCUUCUCUGGAGACUGAAGCGCAGUACACUCUUAUUGGAAUCGUCCUCGGUCUCGCGAUUUACAACAACUGCAUCCUGGAUGUCCACUUUCCAAUGGUUGUCUACAGGAAGCUCAUGGGAAAGAAAGGGACCUACUUGGACCUAUCAGACUCACAUCCAGUUCUCUAUCAAAGUCUGAAGGGAGUACUUGAAUAUAUGGGAAAUGUGGAAGAAGACAUGAUGAUGACCUUCCAGAUAUCGCACACUGACCUCUUCGGAAACCCAGUAAUAUACGACUUAAAGGAGCAAGGAGACCAGAUCCCCGUUACUAAGGAGAACCGACAGGAGUUUGUGGAUCUGUAUGCUGAUUACAUCCUGAACAAGAGUGUGGAGAGACAAUUCAAAGCCUUCAAAAAAGGCUUCCUAAUGGUCACAAAUGAGUCCCCGCUGAAAUAUUUGUUUAGACCAGAAGAAGUAGAGCUGCUUAUCUGUGGAAGCAGGAAUCUGGACUUUGAAGCGCUCGAAAAGACGACGGAAUAUGACGGCGGUUACAGCAAAGACAGUCAGAUUAUCAAGGAUUUCUGGGAAGUCGUGCACUCAUUCGGGGAAGAGCAAAAGAGACUGUUUCUUCAGUUCACGACAGGCACGGACAGGGCGCCUGUUGGCGGUCUCGGCAAAUUAAAAAUGAUCAUUGCGAAGAACGGCUCUGACACAGACAGGCUACCAACCUCCCACACCUGCUUUAAUGCACUGCUGCUCCCUGAAUACUCCUCCAAGGAAAAGCUGAGAGAGAGACUUCUCAAGGCCAUCACUUAUGCCAAAGGGUUCGGGAUGCUGUGACGAAGCCGCGAAGUUAUCAGAGCCAAAAAAGGGAGUAUUAAGAAGGUGGAUAGGGAAAUGCAGUGGAGAAAAAUACUGUAAUAACCCUGUGCCUAACCAAACUACUGCAGUCCACUGCUGGCCUUUCACACUUCAUAUGCAUUAGAUUUCCCAACAGACUGUAUUUAAAAGAUGGACGCCACUUCCUGGUUUGAAAAGUGAAGCUCAAGUGCCUUAAACCUGCAUUCUUUCUGAUGACCAGCAGGGGGAGACUCCACUGGUUGAAUGAGAUGUCGUUAUCCCAAAAGAUGGAACAAUGGAAAAAUAUAUGUAUAUAUGUAAGCCGCAAGCACGGCUGCACUUAUGAUAAAAUUGCUCAGGCUAUCUAAUAUUAACUAAAAAUAAAAGAUCAUAGACAAACUUAAAAAAAAAAAAGGAAAAAUAUAUGUAAAAAGUUCACAGAUCAGUGCAGAGAAAUAAAAUAUAACCGAAACACAGCAAAUAUGGAAUAAGUAAAAAGUCAAUUGUCGUAAUUAAGAGCUAAAUAUAAUUUAAUAAGGCUAAAUGAAAUACAAUGUAAACUUUUUUUAUCAAGUGUGUUGAAAAGAACAAGCACAACAGCUGUCAGAGGACGUCAGAGUGUAGUGAACAAGGAAUAGGGUGGCUGAACGUCCACAGGAAACAUCUGUAAACCUCCCGUCACCGGUGACAUCUGUGCACGCGAUGAGUUAACGGUCUGAGUCAGUAUUUUCAAGUUAGCUGUGGCCGCUGUUAAAGCUAAGAAGGAGGCUUUGCUUUACUGUGUAACUGACAGGAUAUUGGCCUCCGAGGCCUCCCAUUUUCCUGUUUCCUGUCCUUUGCACAACCUUUACUAUGAAUAAUUAUAAAAUCGGUACACAUCAUUUCAGCACAUCAGCCAGAGUAAUGUGGUGCGUGCACAGCUGUGCUCAUCUGUCGUUGUUGCUUGGGCUCCCUCACCAGUUUAAGAGUUUAAAUCAGGGCUCCUUAAAACCUAAAAAUAUAAAUCUGUACAAAUCAGUACUAGAUCAUCUUUAGACAUAAAACUAGCUAGCCAACUAAAGAAAGUCUGACAUUUAGAUUUUGAAACCUAAAUGUCAGGAGGUGUAACAGUUAUGGUGUGACACUCAGUUUGAGGCUUCACAGCGGAAGAUCAUGAACCAGUCGAUGUUGUCAGCGUGGCUCAGCAUUACUACCGUUUUGUAUUUUUAAUGGAUUUUUAUUUAUAUUUCACUUUGAUGUUUUGUUUUUUAAUCAGUGUGGUUUCCAGACUGGGUUUGCUCGUCUCAGUUUAGUUUUUAUUGCAUGUUUUUAGUUUCAAUUUUUAUCCGUUUAUCAGUUUUAGUCUGUAGGACUGUUUUUCAGGUGCAGAUUUAAGAAGUUCACAUUAGGCAUUAAAACACAGGGACGUCCCAGCCUCACCAAGCACAUGCAGCAGUAUCUCCUCACGCUCCUCAAGACUAAAACUAAACUAUUUUUGUUUUUUUAAGAACAAAAUAUUAUAUUUUUUAAUUCUAGUUUCAGUGUUUACCACAGUAACUGAAAUGUUUUUGUCACACCUACUUUUACUUUAGCUGUAAUAACCUUGCAGCGGUUGUGUCCAUCUUUUACUUACAGUCUGUAGAUUUCCCAGAGUUGAAAGGCACUUAAAUAUUUAAAUUUUUUCGUGCGUGUUUCAUUUCUGAGCCAACAUAAAACUGUAUUUGUCAACUUGUGAAAGUGCACUUACACUGAGCACAUUCAGGAUAUUUUUCAUUUAGUUUGACUUGUUUUGUGUGUUUUCUGCAGUUGUCGUAAUGUAGCAGCAUUCGGUGCUCACACUCUGGGCAUAACGGUGCUCUUUGGGUAUGAUUGUCAUUUACUAUAUGCUGAACUGAAGCCUUUUUUAAUUCCUGCUAUUGAAGUCAAAACAACCUCAUAGAGAAGCUUAUAUUUAAACAUUUUCUUUACCCAAAAAUUUAAAAAAAAUAAAUGUUAUAUCCAGAUAUGAUUUAUAUCUGGUUACGAUCUAACAGCUUUGUGUUGUGACCUGACAGUUUGGUUUCAGAGUAUGCUUCCUGACUGGUCGGUUCAGACUUUCACUUCCUCUUUCUUUUGGUUUGUUUGCUAAUCUUACUGAUUGCACAGUCAUGAGGUGCCAAAUGUGCAAGGCCUACACAAGAAAAAGAAUCACACCAUGUUUUAUUUUGCCAAAUGUCUCAGGUACAAACACAGAACGUGCAGAUAACGUGAAACUCUUCUGUAAAGCUUCUGUUAUGCAAAUUAAAUAAAGGUGAAUUUAAAAAAAAAUAACAACAACAUUAACACUCACUGGAAGACUUUAAGCUGAAACUCUGUUUUUCAAAUAAAUACCUGAUCAUGACUGCGGCUCAUCUCA